CCGGCUCCGGGGCUGCCUGCCUGCCUCUGCCUGAUCACUCCACCUUCUUGCUUUCACAACUGGUCGCCUGGACGGUAUGACGUCGCGGUACCCAACGCGGCAAAGCGUCUUUGUUCUUCCGCACGCUGCGCUGGUCCUCUUCUCUCUCCAUUGGCAUGCACUGGUGGUGACUGGUGAGUGGUGACAGGCCAGAGCCGACGAUGCAGACGGUGCUUCCUUCCGCGGCCGCACGCACGUCGUUCGACGAAUUGCCGGAGCCAGCUGAACAUAACCGAAGGUGCUCUCGUCAGUCCUGGCCGGCUCCUCUACCGACGCUGGCUGUGGUCAGUACUCAGUAGCCACGUCUAGCUGGCCAUCUUUGCAUCCUCUCCACGUGCAUGGAGUCAUGGACCCUCCAAGAGGCGGAGCUUCCACCUCCAGUGAAUUAGAAAAACACAGCAGUGGUAGUGUAAGCCUGUAAGGAGAUCUGUAAUGUUGUGCCUAAUUCAGCACUGUUCUAUAUAAAUUUCCAAACCUAUGUGGAGCCUCCAUGGCCACCUUUCCUGGCACUGUUCUCCGUCCCUUUGAUCCUGAACCCUCCAAGUGCCCUGGUGAGCGCUCAUCAUCCUUUGUGGUGACGAUGACAAACGAGAGCUCAGGAGUUUUUGUUGCUAAGUCGAGUAUUGAGUAGGCGACCUCAUCGGAGCACCAAGGUGUUCCGGCCAAAAUUGUGACAUUUACACACAUGCUGUCACUGUUAUUUCUUCGUGGAAGCCAUUGAUGUAUGUGAAGUACCACGACCUCCACGGAGGCGAACAAGAAUCAAGAAAGUCAAAUUACGCUGAUUUGGCAAACAAGUACUAUGAUCUUGUCACUGGCUUCUACGAAUAUGGAUGGGGCGACUCAUUCCAUUUUGCUGGCGGAUAUCCGGGUGAAACUUCCCGUGAAGCCAUUAAGCGGCACCAGCAUUUUAUGGCACUACAAUUGGGGCUCAAGAAGGGUAUGAAGGUUCUGGACGUGGGAUGUGGAAUUGGGGGACCUUUAAUAGAAAUUGCCAGAUUCAGCUCAACUUCAAUAACUGGAUUGACCAACAAUGACUACCAUGUCUCAAGGGGCAAGGAGCACAUCUUUUCAGCAGGUUUGAGUGAGCAAUGCUGCUCCUUGAAGGGGGACUUCAUGAAUAUGCCAAUAGCUGAUAACACCUUUGAUGCGGCCUAUGCAAUACAGGCUACAUGUUACGCACCAGAGGCACAAGGUGUCUAUAGUGAGGUCUACCGUGUGCUGAAACCUGGGCAGUAUUUUGCACUGGAUGAAUGGUGCCUGACUGACCGAUUUGAUCCCAACAACGCUAAGCAUUUGACCGCCAAGGCUGAGAUUGAGCUUGGCGAUGGCCUGCCUGACAUCCGUACCACUCGCCAGUGUGUCCAAGCUAUGAAAGAUGCAGGAUUCGAGGUCAUUUUUGCAAAGGAUCUUGCUCAAGAUUUUCCUUGCCCAUGGUACCAGACGAUGGAUCCUAACUACUUUUCAUGGGCUAACUUCCAAUGCACACGCCCAGGACGGAUAAUCACCCGUGCAAUUGUCAAUACACUAGAGUUCCUCCGUAUUGCCCCAGCAGGCAGCGUGGGAGCCUACAACGUCCUAACGAGUGCCUCUGAUGGCCUUCUAAAAGGUGGUCGGGAAGGUAUCUUCACAGCGUCCUUCUUCGUCCUGGGCCGCAAGCCUCUCAAGGAAAGUGAAAUAGUGAACGGCGGCAACCUUUGAGCUGCAACAUGAGUAUGGGGUCGUACUUAUAAGAGCUAUGAAUCAUGGCCAACGUGUUACGUGCUGAAGUGUGUUUACCGGUUUGUCUUAUGGCUCUUGCGCGUGUGGUGGGUCAUGUUCACGCAGUAGCAUACUAGCAUGUAUCUGCUUGUUGUGUGUUGUACUAUGAACUAUCUGAAUAAAAAUGCUGUUUACGCGUUGUAUUAAUCGCACCA